AGCUUAAGUAAAUAUUUCCUUUAUUUCCAUCAGUCUGGCAACUUCUUUUUUAAUGUCGUGUGUCUGAAAAAAAGUUUAUUUUCCUGUUUGGCCACAGCUCAAAAUAGAAGUAGAAAAAUUACCGAUCUAAGUUUAAUUUCCUAUGCUAAUGGAGAACUAACCCAAAGGAGCAUGAUGAACGUGACUCCGAGACUAGCAGAACCCUUAGCUAAGAACACCAAACCGACUCCAACACUGUCUUCCAAGGAAUUCGUCGUCGAGAAGAUAACAGGUAAAAGGUUUUGGAAUGGUCGUCCCCAAGUCCGUAUCAAAUGGCUGGGCUGCCACAGAGAUGAAAGCACUUGGGAGCCUCAGGAAAAUAUGACUAAUUGCUUGGACAUGCUUUGUGAUUUUGAGGCUGAACUUUACAAGAAAAAAAUUAAGAAAGAACAAUUGCAAGAAAACGUGCCUGCCACACCUUCUCCUAUACGGUGCCCCCUUAGCACUUCUUUGUCAUUUUCUGGAUCUGGUUCAUCUUCACUGGAACCUUUUUCAAGACAUAGAACUCGGAAUUCUGAUGAAAAGCAAGGUCGUAAGCAGAUAAUCAAGACUAUUCAACUGAAUAAGUUACCUACUAUAUGUCGCGAAAAUGACAUGCAGCAAAAUAAAGAAACUCAAGUUUACUCCAAGGAUUCUGUUAAUAAGGUUCUAAAUCACAUUUCUGGAGGUAAAACUGCCCAGAUGUUAAAUGCGGAUUGCUGCCAUGAGAGCCGGGAAGCCCCUAGUAGACACAAGCCCCCUUCCGCCACACCAAAUAACAUAUUGACUCCCAAGGCAAAUGGAAUACAUAAACAAUCUGACAGUCGUUCCGCAAGGAGGGUAGCACUACGUACGACAAAAGGUCCACUUAACAGUGAGGGAGUGCCUGAAAUGGAUAAAAUAUUACAUCAUUUCCGAAUGGGCGAAUAUCUUUAUUUAUUCGUCCAAUGGAAACAGAGUAGUCUGAAAAGUGCCGUACUCCUCACGGAUAUUAUCGACAUUUAUUCUCAGCAAAUAAUUGAAUAUAUGGAGGCAGCUAGGGUGGUCAAACCCAGCAACAACUAACAUAAACAUAAUAUUUCACAAGUCAAUAUUAUGCAUCAUACACUUGAUUAAAUUUUAUUCCUGAA